AGUAAUAUCCUAAUGGAUAAUGAGAUAAUGUGUCAUAUGUGCAGGAAUCUGUAUUGCUGUUUAACUUUGAGUAUCAUUUAACAGCUAAUAGAGCAUCUUUUAAGCUUUAGUAGCAAUGCAUCUCUCCCUAAAACUCACCUUUAGAACUUUCAAAGUUGAUAUAUUAGCAAGAAUCUUCUUUUUCUAGAUUGUCCUGCAAUUUCUGGAACAUAUGCUCUUCUCAUCCUCCGAUCAAAUUUCACCAGAAUCUGAUUCUGAUAGAAGAGUUCGGUCUUUAUGUCUGCAGCGUUAGGAACUGCUGAGACAAACAGCAGGCCAUAAUGCUAAGAAUUGCAGCAAUGGCAACUGUUGCAGUGCUCCUGGUGACUAGCACAGCAAUAUCUGCCGCAGAGAUGGCGGCAGAAUCGCCUGAAGCGAGCUUGUUGUGUGUUAGUAAGUGUUGGACGUGCCCUGCGGUUUGCUCGUCGCCGCCGUCGCCACCGAAAACUUCAGGUGGUGUUAUUCUGCCGCCUCCGGCGAAGAAGUCGCCUCCGUCGCCAACUUCAUCGUCGUCAUCUUCUUCACCAGCUGGAGGACAGGAUCGAGGAGGUCUCUCAUACCCCUACUAUUAUUUCUACACGGCAGAUGCAGCCAGGGCUCCAAGCUUGUUUCUUGGCUUCAUGGGGCUUUUUCCUCUGCUACUGUUGCUAUCAUUCUGGAUGGCAUAAAGUUGUUUAUUUAUGAUUAUCAAAACGAAUGAAGCGUUGUUCUGUGGAGUUUUAAUGUUAGCUGUUGCAAGGGUAUUUUGUUCUGUAAUAAUAGUAAUCAACAAUGUUUGGUCUUGGCGUCACAAA